AUGACGGAUGUGUCGAAUGUAAUCGUUGGUGAUCCUGCAAAGUUUCACAAACCUGGGGAGAAUUAUAAAACAGAAGGAUAUAUUGUUACAGGUCGAACUGAGACUUUACUUAAAGAACACUUGGUGGCCACGAAGGGUCAAGUUAUAACACGAUUUCCUCCAGAGCCAAAUGGCAUUCUACAUAUCGGUCACGCCAAAGCUAUUAACUUUAAUUUCGGCUAUGCCAGAAAAACUGGGGGCGUCUGUUACCUACGAUAUGAUGACACAAAUCCGGAGAACGAGGAAGCUCGCUUUUUUGAUGCCAUUCUUGAUAUGGUUCGUUGGUUGGGCUUUGAACCCUACAAAGUUACUUACGCAUCGGAUAAUUUCCAGCAACUUUACGAGUGGGCCCUGAAAUUGAUUGACCUUGAUCUUUGCUACGUUUGUCAUCAGCGUCCCGAGGAAUUAAAGGGUUUCAAUCCCCCUCCAUCACCAUGGCGAAAUAGACCGAUUGAGGAGUCCAGGAGGUUGUUCAUUGACAUGAAGAACGGAAAGCUCGAAGAGGGUGCGGCAACUCUCAGGAUGAAGGUGACUCUGGAAGAUGGCAAACAGGAUCCAGUUGCUUAUCGUAUAAAAAUGCGGCCCCAUCAUCAAACCAAAAACGAGUGGUGUAUUUAUCCAACAUACGACUACACUCACUGCUUGUGUGAUUCCAUUGAGAAUAUUACACAUUCCUUGUGUACAAAGGAAUUUCAGUCUCGUCGGUCUUCUUACUACUGGCUGUGUAACGCUUUGGACAUCUACUGUCCUGUUCAGUGGGAAUACGGCCGACUGAACUUCAACUAUACUGUUGUCUCGAAACGGAAGAUCCUCAAGCUAGUCUCUGCGGGAAUAGUCGCCGACUGGGACGACCCUCGUCUCUUCACUCUCACGGCUCUGCGUCGACGGGGCUUUCCUCCCGAAGCCAUCAACCGGUUCUGCGAGAUUAUCGGCGUGACAAUGAGUCAAACCGUCCUGGAUCCGUCAUCCCUUGAAGCUUGCGUUCGUGACUAUUUGAACAAGCACGCUCCUCGUCGAAUGUGUGUCGAGGAACCUCUGAAAUUGAGCAUUGACAACUGGAAGGAUCUUUAUGGCGAUCGAAAAUCCAUUGAAGCAAGUGUGUCAGUUCCGGACUUCCCCGCAGAGGAAAAUAGUGCAAUGCGUCAGGUUGUUCUCACCCCUGAAGUGUUCAUCGAGCAGUCCGAUUUUCUGGAGGAGACACGACCGGGUUUCCGUCGUUUGACACCCACACAACCUGUAGGCAUACGGUACGCUGGCAUCAUUCUUUCCGUCAAGGAAGUUCACAAGGAUGCGAAUUCUAAGAUUACAAGCAUUACCGUGGUCGGAACCCCGGUAUCGGCGGAGAACAAACCCAAAGCCUUUAUUCACUGGGUCUCAAACCCCGUGCAUUGCGAACUUCGUCUCUACGAAAGAUUAUUCAACGAGAAGAAUCCGGAGGACUGCCCUGGUGGUUUCAUGGCAGCCAUCAACCCGAAAUCGUUGACUGUGGCUUCUGAAGCUGUGGUUGAGCAGUCAGUGAAGGACGCCAAGGUGUAUGACCGCUUUCAGUUCGAACGGAUCGGUUUCUUUACAGUUGACCAAGACAGCCAGCCUGGCAAGGUAAGACCCAUCGCUCAUUCCUCACAUGAUUAA